CAAUAAAAAUCCAACACAUGGUAUGGGCAUGGCUUAUGGGAUUCAGCGUUUGUUUUGUUUUUUAAUUCAUUUUAAACAAAUUGGAGCUAAUUUAUGUGUAAAUAAUGGCAGGCUGUGAUGCUGAAGACGACGACGUGAUCGAAGAGAUUCCGGUGUUUUUGUCGAAAAACCUUCAGGACAAGUUGUACCUUUUCCAGUAUCCAACUAAAACACAAGUUUCCAACUUCGAAAAUGCUGCAGUGGUUAAUUGCUGCGUAAAGCCCAUAAAUAAAGAGGUUAAAGUAGAUUUCGCUCUUGACACCGAGUCACUUUUCUAUGAUCGUUUCAAAGGUGAGCAAAUGGCUUUGGCAGCAGACGGCAAAUCGCAGCCUAAAGGAGAGAGACCUACAUUUAAACGGGGUAUUAUGGACAAGCAGGCCUUUGUAAGUUCUACAUCCUUAGACGAUGUUAGUAAAUAUAUUGUGGGAAUAUAUGCCGACAAGGAAAUACAUUUGUCUCCGUUAACUUCAAUUUUACAAUUGAGACCAUCCUUCUCGUAUUUCGAUAAGGAAGACAAGCGUAACAAAGCGGAACAGAAAGCCCUUAACGAAGAGGAUGACGAUGAAGAAUUACAGCAAGUUACUGUAAAGUUUGCCAGGUCAGGAGGCAAAAAGGUAAAAGAACGUCAAGGCUACGAUAGUUUUAUGAAAAAGAGUGUCGAUGAACCGUGGUGCGAAACUUAUUGGCAUUCAAGAACGUCACCAACAGCAGAGUUGGAGCGUCAAAAAAUGUUCGCAACAAACAGACAGAGCAGUCAUUCUUUAGGACUGGAAACACAAAAGUAUGUUGAAAAACUUCUGCCUGCCGAAGGACAAGAUCAGGGUAUUGAUGCCGUUUUGCCCGCCCGAGUUAUAAGCAAGGCCAAAUUAAAGUCUAUGCCCCUAAUAGAUCAGCUUAAGGUUAUUCUUAAAGAUGGCAAGAUGUUGUCAUUUGAUGAUGUUAUGUCCAUACUGCAGGACGGAGUAGAUGCUAAUGUAACAAUAGAAAAAGUUUUAAGAACUUUGCCACAAGUUGGAAUCUUAAUACAUGGAAAUUGGGUACCACAAUCAGAGAUUUUGUAUCCAAACGAAAUGUUAUCAAAUGCAAAUGGUGUAAAGUCUGAACUAAUGAUAAGAGGUCGAGAUUAUGUUCUAUUUCGUUUUUCCCGCACAAAAUAUCUAUAUAGACCACAAGUAGUUUUUGCCACACAGUUACCACCUGAAGAGGCGUUGGAGGUGCUGCAGUCCGUGGCAAAAACUAAUUCGGAGAAAAAAUGGGAACUUCUGCUACCGCCUGAUGCACAGUUUGAACAACGCUAUCCCGAUCUAGUGCAACGCCAAGAGAUGGUAUGGCGUGCCACCGAGCAGACAUAUAAUGAAAUGGAUCAUGAAAAAUCUCCCAAAAGGGCCAGAAAAAGAUCACAACGAGAUUCGAAAACAUAUUCUGCCAGUGUUGUCUUAAGUACUGACACAUCAGCUAGUACUUCUUAGUUAUAGUUAUCGACUGGUUUCACAAUACAGCAUAUUUAUUAAGUUCGUUGGAUAAUAUUUAAAAUAUUUUCUAAAAUUUCAUAUGGCAA